CAAAUGUCCUGUUUGCAACAAGACUUUUGACGUAAGACCUGAUCUACAGGUCAAUACCCUCUUAUCAGAGAUGGCUACUCCGUUUAGAAAGUCCUUACGAGCAAAAGAGCAGCCUUGUGUUGAACCAGCAGCAGUUCCCUGUGACUUCUGUACUGGGACCCAGCUGAAGGCUGUGAAGUCCUGCCUAGGGUGUUUCAUGUCAUAUUGCCAAACCCAUCUGGAGCCACAUCAGAGAGUCGCACGCCUGAAGACACAUCAGCUGGUCGAGCCUAUGGACCGUCUGGAAGACAGGAUGUGUAAGAAACAUGACCGACUUCUGGAGCUCUUCUGCAAGACUGAACAGGUUUCUGUAUGUCAGUUCUGCACAGAGACAGACCACAAGUCCAAUCCUAUUGUACCUCUGAAGGAGGAAUAUGAAGUGAAGAUGGCCCAGCUUGAAAAGAUAGCGUCUGAUGUUCAGCAGAUGAUCAAGGACAGAAAACAAAAAAUUAAGGAGAUCAAAGACACAGUAGAACUGAGCAAGAAGGAUGCAGAACGAGAGAUAGCUGAUGGUGUGCAGGUCCUCACUGCUCUGAAGCAGAGCAUUGAAAAGUGCCAGGAUGAUCUCAACCAAAUGGUUAAAGAAAAAUUGAAAUCCACAGUGAAACAAGCUGAAGGCCUCAUCAAAGAGAUCGAGCAGGAAAUAGAAGAUCUGACCUUUGGAAGCUCAGAGGUGAAGCAGCUUUCACACACUAAAGACCACCUCCACUUCCUCCAGGCCUUCAGAUCCCUGAAGAAUCCUCCACCCACCAGGGACUGGACGACGGUGGAGGUCCGUCCUCCGUCAUACGUAGGGACCUUGAGGAGAUCCCUGGAUCAGCUGGAGGAGACACUGAACAUGGAGAUGAAGAAGCUGUGUGAUGCUGAACUGAAGAGGGUCCAGCAGUAUGAAGUAGAUGUGACUCUGGAUCCUGAUACAGCUCAUCCCAAGCUCAUCCUGUCUGAGGAUGGGAAACAAGUACAUCAUGGAGAUGUAGUGAAGAAACUCCCAGACAACCCUAAGAGAUUUACAAUGCAUAUAUUUGUUCUCACGAUGCAGAGCUUCUCCUCGGGGAGAUUUUACUUUGAGGUCCAGGUUAAAGACAAGACUGGAUGGUGUUUAGGAGUGGCCAGAGAGUCCAUCGCCAGAAAAGGUCAGAUCACAGUGACCCCUGAGACGGGCUACUGGAAUAUUUUCAAAAACAAGGAUGAGUUGAUAUUUAGAGAUAACACUGCUGUCCGUCUCCCUCUGAGAGCCGAGCUCCAGAAGGUGGGGGUGUUUGUUGAUUAUGAUGAGGGUCUGCUCUCCUUCUAUGAUGUGGAAGCCAGGGUUCACGUCACCUCUGCUAUUGGCUGCACCUUUAGUGAGCCUCUCUAUCCAUUCCUCUGUCCAGGCAACAAUGAUUAUAAAGGUGACAACUCUGCCCCCCUGAUCAUCUCACCUGUCAAUCAAACAGACUAGGAUCUUUGUUUGAUAAUAAAAUAAUC